UUCCAAUCCUGACUGACCCAAGCCCACCGGAAUAUUCACCAUCGCGGGUCAGUUGGAUGAUUCUCAGCAAUAUAUAACCAUGACUUCCACCUACUUAUGCUACGCUUCUCUCCCACCACUCCAAAACCCCAAAAAAACUCAUCGCGAACAUUUUGCCUUGAAAGCUCUGUUUCCCUUGCCUCAACACAAGGUCUAAAGCUCAUCAUAAUUUCUCUUCAUACCAAUUCAAAAUGACAACCGAUACGAAGAUCCUCGUCGUGUUCGGUGCCACCGGCAAACAAGGCGGCUCCGUCGCCCAAACCAUGUUGAAAGAUCCAGUUGCUUCCGCGCAGUUCACGAUCCGGGCAGUUACUAGAGACCCGUCCAAGCCAGCUGCAUUGGCUCUCGCUCAGCAAGGCGCGGAGAUAGUCAAGGCUGACAUGGAGGAUAAGGAUUCUCUUCGACUUGCCUUCAGCAAUGCCUACGCUGUCUAUGCGCUCACCAAUUUCAUGGAAAGCUUUGAUGCCGCUGCAGAGACGAGACAGGGCAAGAAUGUUGCCGAUGUUGCCAAGGAACUCGAUGUCAAGCACCUUGUCUGGAGCAGUCUUCCACACGUUUCGAAGCUUUCCAACAACAAAUUCACCGGAGUCGUCCACUUCGACGGCAAAGCCUACGUUGACGAGUACAUCCGCUCCCUAUCAAUCCCAUACACCAUCAUCCAUGUAGCCGUCUACACCUCAGUGGUCUGUGAACAGCUGGCACUAUUGCCCACGACACCUCCCAGCUAUGGAUUGUUCUUCCCCGAACCAGCCACCGUCAACACGAACAUCCCUUUGAUCGACCCAUCGGCUGACCUGGGCAAAUUCGUCAAAGGCAUCCUUCUCAACCCGGAGGCGUCACUUGGCCAACAGUUCAAUAUUGGGGAGAAGUUCUAUACCGUCCAAGAGAUCAUUGACGCUGCAAAGAACCUUGGUGUCGAGAUAAGCUUCAAGACUUUGGACAGAGAUAUCUACAAGGCCGGACUUGCGGAACAAGCUCUGCCUGAGUUCUUCCAGGAGGAUAUGACACAGAUGGUGCAGUUUUUGUCCGAGUAUGGGUUUUUUGGUGGCGCGGGGAUCGAGGAGGCCAAGAAGUUCCUGACCGGACCCUUGGUUACCCUCGAGGAAUCGCUCAAGAGUAACCCGAGCUUCGCUGCGCUGCAGAAGGCGUAGCUGGGAGGUGAUAUAACCUGCCUUUGAAUGGCCCUUUUUCCUUUUGAGAAGAUUAUGCGGCUCUCUUUGUUUCCCACAGGUAGCGAGAUUAUCUGCCAUAAUGGCAGAGAGAUGAAACAUUCAACACGAGUGAUAUAUACGUCUAAAGCAUAGCCUCAUAUAAUACUGCA